AAGAGCAGCAAUGGGCUGGGGAGAAGUUGAGGAGGAGGUGGGAGUACGGCUCACUCGCCUUCUGGUGCAGUCGCUUGCCUGCCUGCCUGCUGCCUGCCGGCCUCCCUCCUCCUUUUCAGGAUUCCUGGUUUACAGCCGUUGCUCCUGCUCUUGACAGAAACAUCUUUUCUUUACACUGAGUUACAAAUCUGUUAUGGUCAUCUGUAGAAGACUACAUUCUUUGUUACCAGUCACAGAAUGAACUGAGAUUUGCGCAGAAUUUUUUUUUUAAAAAGGGCUAAUUUUGCAUAUCAGCUGCACUUUUUCCACAGUUAAGAACUAUAAACAUGUUUGAAAGGUAGUGACUUUCUGUUUGCUAGAAGCUUAGAAGAUAUCAUGAGACCCACAGCACCAGCAUUCUGCAGCUGAUGCAGAGAAGCUCAUGCCAUCCGCCUUUCGCUGGAUUUGACUUGGAAUUUGCCUCUGUGGGCGCUCCCCCCUCCAAGUUAUCUGGGUUGCAAAACUGGGAAAGCAGCAACGGCUGCUCAUCUUUGGCAGUAGAAGAUUAUGGUGGCGGCUCAGCACUAGCAAGCCAGCAGCAGCAGAGCGGGACUCUGUUUGGAUGCAUUUUCACUAAAAAUCCUCAGCAUCAGGAAGGGCAGCUGGAUGAUUUGGCAGCCAAGCAAAAAUUGAGAGCAUUUGUAACAAAGAAACAGGAAAGGCAAGAACGUGGGGCUGGGGGGCAGUAGCACCAGUUUUUUUUGUGUGCUUCUAGGGAGGAGGGUUGAUUAUCAUGGCGGAUCGGACAGCUCCUAGAUGCCAGCUCCAUCUGGAGUGGGUAUAUGGGUAUAGGGGUCAUCAGUGCCGCAACAACCUGUACUACACAGCAGGCAAGGAAGUGGUUUACUUCGUGGCUGGAGUCGGGGUGGUUUAUAACACCAGAGAGCAUACACAGAAGUUUUUCCUGGGGCACAAUGAUGACAUUAUCAGCCUAGCUUUGCAUCCCGAUAAAACCCUUGUUGCUACAGGGCAAGUUGGCAAGGACCCUUAUAUCUGCAUCUGGGAUACCUACAAUAUGCAGGCUGUUUCUGUACUGAAAGAUGCACACACCCAUGGAGUUGCAUGCUUGGCUUUUGAUUCAGAUGGCCAGCGUUUAUCUUCAGUGGGACUGGAUGCCAAAAACACAGUCUGCAUUUGGGACUGGAAGAAAGGAAAACUACUGGCAUCAGCUACUGGCCACUCAGAUAGGAUUUUUGAUAUUUCCUGGGAUCCAUAUCAACCUAACCGAGUGGCUAGCUGUGGAGUGAAACAUAUCAAGUUUUGGACUCUGUGUGGAAAUGCCUUGACAGCCAAAAGAGGAAUAUUUGGCAAAACAGGAGACCUGCAAACUAUCCUCUGUUUGUCUUGUGCAAAAGAUGAUGUUACAUUCUCUGGUGCUUUAAAUGGAGACAUCUAUGUCUGGAAAGGGCUCACCUUAGUCCGCACAAUCCAAGGAGCUCAUGGUGCUGGAAUUUUUAGCAUGUAUGCAUGUGAGGAAGGCUUUGCAACUGGUGGGAGAGAUGGCUGUAUUCGACUGUGGGAUAUUGAUUUCAAGCCAAUAACUAAAAUUGAUCUCAGGGAGACUGAGCAAGGAUAUAAAGGUUUAUCCAUCCGAAGCGUGUGUUGGAAAGCAGAUCGACUUCUAGCAGGAACACAGGACAGUGAAAUAUUUGAAGUGAUUGUGAGAGAAAGAGAUAAGCCAAUGCUCAUAAUGCAAGGCCACUGUGAAGGCGAGCUCUGGGCUCUGGCAGUCCAUCCCAAAAAACCAUUAGUUGUUACUGGCAGUGAUGAUCGAUCCGUGCGCUUAUGGAGCCUUGUCGAUCAUGCCUUGAUUGCCCGAUGCAAUAUGGAAGAAGCUGUGCGGAGUGUAUCCUUCAGCCCUGAUGGAUCUCAGCUGGCUCUGGGAAUGAAAGAUGGGUCUUUCAUUGUUCUGAGAGUAAGAGAUAUGACAGAAGUUGUUCAUAUCAAAGAUCGGAAGGAAGUAAUUCAUGAAAUGAAGUUUUCACCAGAUGGCUGCUAUCUUGCAGUGGGUUCUAAUGAUGGUCAGGUAGAUAUCUAUGCAGUUGCUCAGAGGUAUAAGAAAACUGGAGAAUGCAACAAGUCUUCUAGUUUUAUCACUCAUAUUGACUGGUCUCUAGACAGUAAAUUCUUGCAAACAAAUGAUGGUGCAGGAGAACGGUUCUUCUACAGGAUGCCAUCUGGAAAACAUUUGGCAAACAAAGAUGAGAUCAAAGGAAUUCAUUGGGCUUCAUGGACCUGUGUGAUAGGAUCAGAAGUAAAUGGAAUCUGGCCAAAGUACAGUGAUGUUACAGACAUUAACUCUGUAGAUGGAAAUUAUAAUAAUACAGUUUUAGUGACUGGAGAUGAUUUUGGAUUAGUUAAAUUAUUCAGAUUUCCGUGUCUUAAGAAAGGUAAGAUAUUAUGCCAUGUGUAUAUAAUUUCUUGCUUUAUUUGUAUUAAGGAUUAUUUGUCGAUUUGUCAGUGGCUGAGAUAUAUUCCUUUAAGUGAACCACAGCACAUUGUACAUAAUCAG